AUGCAAGGAAACGAGAUUGGUGCCGAAGAUAUGCGUCUGGAUGAACUAAAAUCCAAUCUGCACAAAUUAUCCAACCUGGUGGAUCGGGCCACGAGACAAGUGGCUACUGGUUCGACAACUUCCCUUCACACGAGACACACCGCCCUCCUGGAUGGGGAUCGAGCCCCGGAGAUGAAUGAUCGACUGUCCUCUCCUCGAUGGAUUAUGAACAAUAAUACGGGGCAGAACAGAAAAUCAUUGGGUAAAACGGUCGAGAUCCGAUGCGCAGAGAAUGUAUCACUCUCUGGUGAUGGACACACCAGUGAUUUUGAGAAAAUCUCAGAGAAAAAGGUGAACUACCAGUGGUCCACCAACCCGGUUAUAGCCCCGGAUAUUGAAUUUCUGUCCUCUCACUUUGGUGGGAAACACCUCCGCCCCACGAGCGGGCACGUUUUGGCAUCGAGUUCCAUGCGCUCAAACCAUCUUGUGAAACAAGUCGAUCGUGCCACAGCUGUCAGUCGUUCGAUCAGUUCAAUGGAGGCCUCUACUGCAGUUGAUGGACACUCGCAUCGGGAUUCCACGCAACAUGUGCUUGACAUUUGGGAACAAAAUAAUGUCCUACGGAGCCAGGUCUGGACUGUACGAUGGGUUAUCAGCCUCCUUUAUGCGUUCUUCAGCUUUGAAGUAGCCGAUGACAUGGGAUCUGACGGACAUAAAUCAGACCCCAGUCACAAAUUCUCCCAAAUGGAGUUGAGCAAUCACCAAGUGAAUAAUCAUAAUUCGGGUCACGUGACCGCGGUCGAGACCGGACAAUCGAUGGAUGAAACACGUGGCGAGCCGAUUGGUUGCGCGUCCCGGUCACCGGAUUUUCAGACGACUGGCAAUUUGUGCAACGUGAAAGCAGAUAGAACCGACCGGGUGGAACAUUCAAGUUGGUCUCCGACCCCAAUCACCAAUCGAAAGCAACUGAGAUCAAUGAACAGUUUGCAGCGUCUGGAAAGAUUGACCAUGGAAGCCAAUCAAAUGCAUGCGGAAUUGAAAGCCGCGACUAGGAUUUGUGGAGCGACUGGUGAACUGAAUUCAGUCCCUCAUUCAAAAAUCAUGGCAAAAGGGGGGGGCAACGAUGAUGAUGGGCAUUCGGAUGAUGAUGAUGAUGAUGAUGAUGACGAUGAUUCGGAUGAUUCGGAUGAUGAUGAUGAUGAUGAUGAUGAUAAUCAGGAUAAAAUCAGUAGCGAGCCUUUCAAACAGAGGGGGCGAUUUGUUUUUUCCAAUGGUGUACAGCAUUGGUCAACUGGUUGCCGUUUUCACAGUCCUGACACAAUGCUUUUGUAUCAUCGCUUGGCUCGAAUCGAGGCAUUACAAGGGCCAUCUGGGAAGAUAUUCCAGGUGUCAAUCUUAUCCAAUGUCUCUAUCAGUUGGACAGUGCAAGAUUGA